AUGGAUGCAAAAAUCAUCGAGGAGUUUAUGACGCUCGCUUGGCCCCCUGAACCAAAGCUGUCCCAAGGAAUGUCCAACUUCUUUGGAAAGCUCAAGGGUCUCCGCCCAGACAACCAAUACACGUUCAACGCUAUGCUUGGUAUAGCGGCCGGGGAUGUCCCGAGGGAGCCCGAGAAGUGUCUAAAUACAAGCAACAAAGGGCUGCGCGACUUACUCACCCAAGCCUGCAUCCGGGCUGGGAUGAUAGAUGUCAUGCUUCAGUUUAUGCACUUUCCCUGCGAAAACUUUGUAGCAGUUGGGGACCAUCCCUUAUAUGGUUUUACGAAUCAGUGGCAAGCUUGGCACUCGCUGGUCAGGUUGUCACGGUAUGGGACCACCCAAGAGCGAGAGCAAUUUCUAGACAAGCUCACGGACGCAGACAUUGUUCAACUAUGCUUGAGAACGACAAGUCACCGUGUACUAGGGUUUCGCGGAAAGCCGGCAGAGCUUUUGGCCAGCUUGGCUUCGCAAACCUUUCUUAUUAACAGACUGUCUGCUCGAACUGCCGCUGAAAUCCUGAGGGCUUUGUACACGCUUGCGCUGCAGGAUCCGCAAAUAACCUCAGACCAGCUGACUAAUCCAGAGACGAGAUGGCUGUAUGUUUUACAUGAUCUGGACGACAAGGACCCGUGGAACAAGACCGAGCAGUCGCAGGGCCUCAUGACAAGUCGCGUCUUCGGUCAAGUGCAAGUUUCUGCACUUAACGCUGCACAUCAACUCAUCAUUAUGAACACGCAUCCGUCCCCGAGAUACUAUCUCGAUGUUCUCAAACAGAAGCCAUCUGUGAUCGACUUGCUAUUGGACUGUAUUCUGGUUGAGCCACCACAUGGCUACCCAGAAGGCACCCCUGCAUAUAUCGCUACCAAUAACCUGGCCGCCUUCUUCCGGUGGCCUUCCUCCAUGUUGGUCCCUGGAGUACCAUCAACAGUUGAUCAAGCUCUGAGUAACAAAGACUGGAAGGCACUGCUUCAAUCCAUGCAGAUCCUCACCUCGCAUAGGGACUGGACCGAGAGAAUCAUAGAGGCAUGGAUGAAAACAGAACCCAUGACAGAACCUGAUGCGGAGGACGUCGAGAAGAGAAAUCGGAGCAUUGCCGAUGCUCGUCUUCUCUUCAGUGAAGAGAGGUCACAGAUCGACAGCAGAGAACGACUCAAUGAGGAUUUCGCUGAAAUAGCUGGCUUUUCCCGAAUUUCCAUCCUUCGUCUCAUUAUAACGUUCAGUCAUGGCGCAGACGCAACAGGCAUUCGAAAUGUCGAUGUCUACCCUUUGUUGCCUAUCGCUUACCGUGCAAGCCAGACACCACACCAAGAUAAUCGAGUAAUCUGUGAAUGGCCGCUCUGGACUACUCUAGAAGACGACUGCGAGCAAGACAUCGAGCCCUACUUUGUAGGUCCAGAGAGCAUGCUCGGACCUACGGCCUACGCGCGGCUGUUAGUCGUCUUAGCCCAGAGGAAUGCUUUGAAAGCCGUCCAGUCGCUGCAGAAACCUCCCCCCGGACUAUCUCCUACGACAUCUGUUGAGCAGCUCCGGCAGAUAACCCAUCCGGACGUCAUCGCUCGCUUCCUCAACAUCGCGAUCUUCAGGGUGCAGAGCGCCAUGAAGAAUGCAGAAAAGGUCAGUGAGGAAGAUGAUCCGAACGCCAAGGUACAAGCUGGACUCGUUUUUGCGGGAGCCGCAGAGCUUGCUGCGGCCAUGGUCGCGUUUGAUGACCUUACGGGAGGGGAGUACGCUGCCGAGGAAGCCUCCGCAGCGAGACACUACCUCUCGAUGGCAUUGCGGCAUAUCUCCGAGGCAGCAACAAAGGCACGGAGAUACCGGCGGGCAUACUCCUACCUAGUAGCAGCGGUUGCGGUGGCUGACACCAUCAAGGAACCACGUGCGGGUUGGUCCGAUUUCGAGGUCAAGCUCAAAAAGCAGCUUCGACAAGCCAAGAUAACGUUCGAAACUCGAGAGAGCACCGCCAAUGUGACCAUUUAA